UCAUCAUCUCUACCAAUCUGUUUCUCUCAAAGUAUCUAUCAAUCGGAGAAGUCAACGCGCCGACUCCAUCUGUUUCUCUCUCAAUUAACAUCUCCAAAUCAGUGAAGAUUAUUAAGUGUCAAGUAAUUACUGGUAACAUCCCCAAAAGUAGUGUUAGAAUUAUGGGUAGGAGUAAAAAGAGGAAAGUAGGUGAUUCAGGACAACCACCGCCCAAAUCCAGCCGCACUUUCAACGGAACAAUCGACUUGAACCGCACUCGCACUCGUUCAGGUAUGAGACACAACCGCGCUGGUUUAAGCAAGCCAACUCCUCUGAUCCCGGAUCCACGCAACAGUCGUGAUUAUCUCCCCGACGCAACAUUAAAACCUGGUUGGGAGUCGAGCCGUGACUAUCUCCCCGACCCAACAUUAAAACCUGGUUGGGAGUCGAGCCGUGAUUAUGUCCCCGACGGAACAUUAAAACCUGGUUGUGAGUCGAGCCGUAAUUAUGUAUGUCCCAGACGGAAUAUUAAAACCUGGUUGGGAGUCAAGCCGCGAUUAUGCCCCCGACGGAAUAUUAAAACCUGGUUGGAGUCAAGCCGCGAUUAUGCCCCCGACGGAAUAUUAAAACCUGGUUGGGAGUUAAGCCGUGAUUAUCUCCCCACGGGAACUCCUCUGACCUCGGAGCUAAAGAACGCCCACUCUGGUUUACCUUUGAUCCCGAAGCGAAAGAACAGGACUCGUGGCAGUGGAUAUUCAAAUGGAUAAGCAGACUUAAUUUCAAAGAUACUAGUGGAGAUAUGAUUGAUUGCACUUCACUUGGAAUUGGAGGUAAAGGUAAUCACAGUCAAGGAGAAGCAGCAGUUCCAGUAGCAAUUAGAAGCUUUUUCAGUGAAAAUGGGUGUGCUUUUUUUCAUUGUUUUUACCUAAGUUAGAAGGUAAUUAGUUAUGUGGCUCAAAACAUAUGUUGAAUUACAGGUAUUGUUAUUUUGAGGCAAGGAUUGCGGUUAUAACAGUACAACCUAAAUUCCGUCAACUGUCAAGUACUCUAUCUAAUACAUAGGAACUUGGAAACAUGAAAACGGUCAAUAAGGCUUUUGGAAGUGAAAUUGACUCCUUUCGUAA